CGUUCUUGAUCACAGAAGGACUUUCUGUCUUCCCUGCGGCGUCUCUGAGGCAUUUUUCAUCCCUUCUACUGUGUUUACUACGCGUCUUUAUACCAAUAUUAUCCAUGGCGAAAGGGAAAAAGGGCAAUUCCAAAAAACUCACAAUCAAACUCCCUCCGAUUCAGCCUGGGCACCGGCACGACGAUGCAAACGAAUUAGACGAGCUGCUCGAGUUCCCGGAAUCACCUUUACUAACUGUGGAAGGUAGUAAAAUGACAGGGCACCUCUCUAAGGUCCAAUGGCCAGCUGGUGAUGCAGAGGAUCAGCUCGAUGAAGACGAUGACUGGGAGGUCGAAGUCGAUGAACUUGAACUAGAGUCAGAUGAAAGUGUAGAAUGCAUUCACCAAUCCACGGAUAGGUCCAGCACUAGUGCAGCCGCAGUCAGCCCUACACUCAAGUUUGUCUAUACAAACCCAGCGUCAUUUGGUGCUUCUCAUAAGCGAAAGCAGCCAGUGGAUCAUGUCUCAUCACCAAAGGCUGCUGUCAAGAAGCGGAAAUUGUCUGGCAUCCCACUUGAUUCAGACAAGGUCAUCAAUCGGCAGCCACUUCGAAAGUCGAAGAAAGCAUCAGCUCGAGGAAAGAAAGUCUGUAGGGAAAGCAUCUUCGACUCGCUGACUCAGAGUGAGGAUAGUGAAGGCAUGGCGGAUGAAGACGCACCACGAAAAUUCACAGUCUAUGUUCAAGUUUGGUCAGCGUCCACAGAGACUCAGAAAAAAACAGGCAAGGCAGUGAAAGCACCCCCACUGGCAGUGACGGUCACGAGAGGCCCUUUCAAACUUGAUACAGCCCAAACCUUCUUGACGUUCAAGCAAGAGGUCGCAAAGGCAUUACCGUGCCGACUUACGAUGUUGCCAGUCACAAAAUUCGAGUGGAAGUUUGAGAACCAGGCACAGAGUGCCCCUCGGAAGAAGAUUGCCGACCAGGCUGGUUACGAGGCACUUGUUGAUGCUGUCUCAGCAAAGUGGACCACUGAUAAUGUUGUUGUUUGGCUAUACACCCCGAAGCCUGCUAAGGAAGAAGAAGAUUGGGAUACUGGCAAGCCUGACUUCAUUGAACACCCGUUUGAUUUUGAUGACGAAGCUGCGCAAGGUGGUUCUGCCAAGGGUGUCAUUGAGGAUAUAGCUGCUAGACGAGUGACGGCAGAAGCAGAACUUCAGGAUUUAUAUCCAUUCGUCUGGGCAACAGCUAUUGUUGCCGGAAAGGCCAACAAGACAGCCCCUCCGACAUCUGCGCAUUUUACAGCCGACAAGAAACUCAAGGUGCUGGCAAGUGUUCGUCCCCCACCAGGUGCACCUCUCUCCGCAUUCGGUGAAUUCUACCAUCAACGUCAAGAAGAACAUGCAAGCCUCACACCGCAUACACAAGCACCAAAUCCAGAACUAUUACACUCCAUCCCAGCUCCAGCACCUGGUUUUCCUCCUUACGUGCCACACCAGCCUUACGGGUUUCAUCCUGGACCCUACUAUCCUCCAUAUAUGCAACCUCCUUAUGCUGGGGGGUUCGGCUAUCCUGCACAACCAUACUAUUCAGGUCAUGGUCAACCAGUCGGAGGGCAUCCACCCUUUGGAACACCUGGGGAGACGUCAGCUUCAUCAUCUCCUAGCGUAACCACAACUCACAAUGUCUCACUAUCGGAAUUCUGUGUCAAAUAUCACAUCUCUGACAGUGAUCAAGCGAAACUUAUGGCUCUCGAGUACCAGCCAGGGAACCGAGCCGUUGAGACACUCGAAGAAAAAGAAUGGCGCGACAUUGGCCAGUUUACGAAACUUGGUUGGCAAGCAUUUCUUGGCGCACAUAGAAAAUUUUGUACCACCAUCAAAUCUGGUACUUGGUUGCAGUGAUUCCUACUUUGCACUUUUCCCUUUUUUUCGUUCGUGACUGUCCCCAAAAAUAUUCAUUUGUGUACACUAUAGACCACUCUCUGUCAUGUAACAAUAUAGCCUGCAUUUUUGAACCAUCCACGUGCCUUGUCUGCGGUAAUACAGC